AUGAUUACCGAUCGCAACAAAUUCAAUUUUGUUACGAUAUGUAUUGGCUUUAGUUUCCUGCUCACCAAUGCAAGCGUGGCGUUAGCGCAGGCAACGAGUAAUGCGCAGCAGGAGACAAAUCAACAGCAAUCGAAAGACCAAAAUCAGGCGGCAGUUGCAACGAUAUCGGUGGUCAGCAGCAAAGAUGACGCGGCGAAUGCGAUUAUAAACGAACCAAUAAAUGGUGUGGUGCACGCAUUCAGUCCGCGCCUGGAUUACAGCAACGAAUGGCGUCCCGUGGGCCGUGGCGACCCACUGAAAAAUGAUCCCACAUUCGACUACAGUCCGCCAACGCUAGAACAUGUACGCUAUUGGGCGGAAACCACAAAGGACAGCAGCAGCAGCAACAGCAAGGAGGAGAGUGGCAGCAGUAAGCAGGAUGCAAAUAGUGCGCGCUUGCCACAUCCCAGUAAACAAGACAUCCUAAUGCUAGGCAUGCCGAAUGAGCACUUGCGCGGCAGUAGUGCGCAUGUUUCACAAGCCCCGCAUCAGCAUGUGCAUAUGGGUCCACAUGGCAUGCCACACCUGCAGCCAUACCAUCAACCUCAUCCGGGCGGCGUGAAAAACGCUAAAGGCGAAACACCCCUCCUGCAGCCGAAAUACACCUCGGUGCGUCGCAGUUACUAUGCACAGCAACUGCCAACGCGCCUAAUGCCACCACCAAUGCAAGCGAACUCGCCGCCGAUCAAUACUUUCAACGUGCCUAUGAAGCCAUCGCAAGUGCACACCGAAUAUCGUCACAGCAUGUCCGGAGUGCCGCAUGUUUCCACCAUGCCCAGCAUGGGACCAUCUUCGAUGGCAACCGUGACCCAUAUGAAGGCGCAUCAUCAUGCUAGCAUGUCAACACCUUCAUCCUCGUCAUGGAUGUACAGCUCACCGCCCGCCAAGCAACAUCUACAGCAGCAUCACCCGUACGCUAUGCCUAGCGGCUCUGCUGCUUCCAUGCCCACGUCUUCGCAAUCAUCGCGCAUGCCACUUCCUCAUGCCUACGAUUCACAUCCACAGGAUUCCCAUCACUACUUCAGCUACACGCGUCCGAGUGCGAACAGUUUGUCCUCGCAUAUGCCACAAGAGUCUUACUCGCCGAAUUCCUUGCGGCACAGCGCCAGUAGUGCCAAGCAAAGCGGCACAGGGCGAAAACCGUGGCUACAUGAGCUGUUGCAGAAGGAAGUCGUGAAAACUUCUGCCAAGCCCAGCUACUCGGCGUCCACCAACAAGUUUGCUUACGAGACAACAAAACCAAUUUACGAGCGCAUGCCGUCGACGAACUCGAUAAGCGGCGGCUUCACACCAUUCACGCCUGUCACAUUCGUCUCAGCUCCACCAACUAUUGCGACGUCGACAACGACAUCAACAACUACUACGACGCGUGCACCACAGCCUCCACCGAACGCAAUCACUCCGAGCUCCUUUUAUCCAACUACGAGUACGACAUAUACCCCACCCACUACCAGUGCUACAGCGCGUGUAAUUUACACCACACCAACAACAACGACGACACCACGUACUACUACCUCAACAACAUCGUCGCGUCUGCUUAUACCGACAACCAGCAAUUUGGCAUACCGGCCGACUGUCGCCCCAAUGCAAAUGACUACAGAUUCAUUAUUCUCACACUACAAGCAGCCUGAAGCACCGCUUAGAGGUCCGAUGUACCUGAUCAUAGAGGGUCAUUCGAAAGUGAAGAAAUACGGCAAGAAUGGUAUCAACUUGAACUUACCGAAAAUAGUGCCCGUAGUACCAAAACGUGAACCGGUAGUACGUGUGGCUGAGCCGGGUGAGGAAAAACGUGGAACGCCGGAGACCUUCCAAGUGCAACACCUACAUGUAAAGACCUCAACCACGACGACAACAACAGCAAGACCUGUAACGACACUGAAGUCCGUUACAAUGGCGAAGCCCGUGACCACCACAACAACUAAGCCUACAGCGUCCACGAGUACAGUGAAGCCAUCAACGUCUGCGAAGCCAUCAACGACAGCAAAACUACCUGCAUCAACCAACCCCACCAAAGCAGCAAUGAAGCCACUAAUAUCUUCCACAACAACGACCACACGACCUGCGGCAACCACUGCAUCUCCCAAGGCCAUUAGCACAACAGCAGCAACACCUAAAUCAACUAACAAAACUACCGACAAGACUGCAGGAACCGCUAAGCCCACCUCAGCCAUUGUCAAACCUUCGACAGCCGCUCCAAAGCCCGCACUCAACGAGGCACUAACAAAAAUGGAGCUGCCUAAUGAGCCACCAACUGGCAUGCAGGGUCUACUCAGUCUGCUUGACGCAUCGCUGGGUGGACUUUUCGCAGAGCAGCCACUAAAAACGCCUGCGCCAAUCCCUGCGCGUCUAAGUCAAACAAAGCAGACAACCACACCGAGUACCGUGCUACAGGCGGUGAAGUCAUCAACAAACACCGCUUUGCCGACGCAAUCCGCGAUAGUACCCGUCAUACCAGAUGCACGCAUACGCAGCAAUGCCGGCCGUAUUGUAGCUGCUGAUGCUGAUCUGUCAGGGUCAGCAGAGUUCAGCUUCACUACAGAUAUACCGCCACGUGAGGUGCGUCAGGUAUUCGAUUAUGAUCAGCGGCCGGAAUCACGUCUAAAAGAUUUUGUAAUCGAGAGCUUCGAUGGGGCAGAGGAUGAGGGCGCGUCAGCUUUCUACGAAGAUGAAUUCGAGGAGUAUAGCGACGACGAGAUCAGCAACGGUGGUGGCAAUCAACAGCCAAUCAAACGCAUGGAUACAUUCGCUGAUGGUGAUGAAGAAGAAUUCAUGGACGACUAUGAAGAUGUGGAGUUGGGGGAACAGGGUAUGGGUGAUGUGGUGCCGGAUGCGAAUUCCGUGCCGCUUGCACACACACAGGCAAAGCUGGCGUAAGUUCACAAGUUGACAGGCGCGCCACCACAGCAAAUGUGGUUGAUGGUGAACUUUGACCUUUCAAUGAGACCAAGAUCAAUAAUGUAUGAAAUUGGGUAU